AUGUCCAGUCGGUCGAUCGUUCAGGCAAAAGAUUCAACUGCAUCCGGAUACAUAACAGACUAUGCUCCCACCUCCAACACAUCAAUCUCCUCGGCUUCAAAGCAUCACCACCAACAAACCCCCUUACCUACUCGAGAUAACCUGCAUCUGCAACCACCACCCUGCCAAAACACUAAACUUGGCCUACCAUCCGGUCAUCGGUCAUCGGUCUUCGGCCUUGAGUCAUCCAGCAUAAUUGCACAAUCUCAAGACCAAAUGCCGACCAUGUCUACAACACCGCUCUUCUCCUCCUCCUCCUCCUCCUCCUCCUUAUCUUCAACCCCAACCCCAAGCCCAGCCUUAACCUCGACCUCGACACCACCCUCAAUCUACAUCUCGACAUCCUCCCCCUUACAGCGGAAAGCCAUGUCCAUCACCCAGACCUACUACCUGGCCCACACCGCCCGCGGGAAGCUGUCCUCCGAGGCAGGCCGCUCCGAUCACAACCUGCGCCUGCUGGUCGGCCAUGCCAACCUCCUCGACUCCCUGAUGCUCGAGCUCGCAGCGGCCGAGGACGAGCAGGAGCAGUGGUUCCACCAAUCCGUCACCAAGGCCUCCUCCAAGACCAAAGGCCGGACACACAUCCAAUGGGCCGACGCCGUCGUCGAAGACCCCGCGGAGGACUGGCACAUUGAAGACGCCGAGGCCGAGUCCGACUCGGAGAGCAGCACAUACGGGUCCGACGACGAGGACGUGGAGACGGGAGAACGCUUCACCCCGCUGCAGCGUGUGCACUCUUUCUCCUCCCGCUCCCCGUCCCCCUCAUCCUCCGACGACGCAUGCGCCACCGUCGAGGAAGUCGAACAGGAGUUCGAGGACGACGGUGAGGAAGACCUCGAGGGCUUGCAGCUACGCCUCACCCCCUCGCGCUCCCAGCAGCAGACGCCGGAGCUCGACCCCGACUCGGACGACGCCGCCUCCUCUUCCGAGGAGGACGAGUCCAUGCCUCCUUCGCCGCCCAGCGCCGCCCUGCCCACCUUCUCCGAGAAGCAGAGGAUCGUCACAACCUCCUACUACCGGAGCAGCAGCCGCCGCCGCCGCCAGCCCACGCCCCGCGCCAUACCGCAGCCGGAGCCGCCGCGCGCCUUCUUCGAGUACUCUCCGCGCCGUGCGCCCAAGCCGGGCUUGGUAUCCGCCAUCCGCGUGUACUGA